AUGCUUGAAAAGAGGCUUGAUGUUCCCGUCCCACACAUCGGAUGCCAUAACCCAGGUCGUCAGCCACAUUCCUGCAGCUGGUGGGCUGGAGGGAAACCGGUAUAUAUUGUCAAAACGGCCAUCACAUUUGUGGAAAGAAGUCGUCUGCUGAUAAUUUAG